AGGUCAUUUUAAACUCUCAGAGCAAACUUCUCAAUAGGAUCGACAGAAUGUGUGACGAGUACUAGACAGCCUUUCAGAGCCACCAUGAUAUUGGAACCCUCCUAUAUGCCAGGAAACGCCAGCCCUGUGCCAGUGACCGUGCUCCCUGACAUGGUCACCUCGAACUGUAACGGGUCCUUCGAGGAGAGCAGAGUGUUCCUGGUGGUGGUGUACAGCAUGGUGUUCGUGCUGGGGCUGCCGGCCAACUGCCUGACGGCCUGGCUCACGCUGCUGCAGGUGCUCCAGGGCAACGUGCUGGCCGUCUACCUGUUCUGCCUGGCGCUCUGCGAGCUGCUCUAUAUCAGCACCCUGCCCCUCUGGGCCAUCUACAUCCAGAACCAGCACUACUGGACCCUGGGCAUCUGGGCCUGCAGGGUGACCGGCUACAUCUUCUUCUGCAACUUGUAUGUGAGCAUCCUCUUCCUGUGCUGCAUUUCCUGCGACCGCUUCAUGGCGGUGGUGUAUGCCCUGGAGAGCCGCGGCCGCCGCCACCAGUGGACCGCCGUCCUCAUCUCCGUGUCCGUCUUUGCUGUUGUCGGGCUCGCUCACUGCCCAGUGUUUAAAAUGGAAGAGAAGGAGACGUGCUUCGAGGCCUCGAUGGACACCAAGAUCGCUGGGUAUUAUUACCUGCGCUUCACUGUGGGGUUCGCCAUCCCCCUGCUCGUCAUCGCGUUCACCAACCAGCGCAUCUUCAGGAGCAUCAAGCUGAGCACGGGCCUGAGCGACGCCCAGAAGGCCAAGGUGAAGCACUCGGCCAUAGCGGUCGUGACCAUCUUCCUGGUCUGCUUCGCCCCCUACCACCUGGUGCUCCUCACUAAAGCCGUGGCCUAUUCCUACUACAAGGGAGACCCGGGCGUCAUGCGCGCCUUCGAAGCCAGCCUGUGCAAGCUCUCCGCGGUGUUCCUGUGCCUGUCCACGGUGAACAGCGUGGCCGACCCCAUCAUCUACGUGCUGGCCACGGACCAUUCACGGCAAGAAGUGUCCAGAAUCCACAAGGAAUGGAAAAAGUGCUCCGCAAAAGCAGAAGUCACCAAGCUCACAUGUUCGAGGGACUCAGAGGAGGUGCCACUGCCCACGUCGCUCACAAACGACUCCACGUUCCCCAGGACUGUCCACCCAUCAGAGUCGGAGCUGGCCCUGGGGGGCUCACUGGACACUCUGGAGAGGCUGGGUGAAGAGUCCCGCUGAGCCCAGUGUCCUGCAGGGCAGGGUGGCCAUCAUGGGAGCCCA